GGUGGGGAUUGGCCGCCGGCGGCGGGGGGUGGCGCGGGGCCAGGCUCACUGCCGCCUCCCGGCCCCUCGGAGGGAGCCAGCCCAGCCGCAGCCGCCGCCGCCGGGGCCGGGCCCCCUCGCCGCUGCCCCGGGAAGGAGGUCUCGGCGCGGAAGAUGGCCGGCGGCGUGGACGGCCCCAUCGGGAUCCCGUUCCCCGACCACAGCACGGACAUCCUGAGCGGGCUCAACGAGCAGCGCACGCAGGGCCUGCUGUGCGACGUGGUCAUCCUGGUGGAGGGGCGCGAGUUCCCGACACACCGCUCGGUGCUGGCCGCCUGCAGCCAGUACUUCAAGAAGCUCUUCACAUCGGGCGCCGUGGUGGACCAGCAGAACGUGUACGAGAUCGACUUCGUGAGCGCCGAGGCGCUGACGGCGCUCAUGGACUUCGCCUACACGGCCACGCUGACGGUGAGCACGGCCAACGUGGGCGACAUCCUGAGCGCCGCGCGCCUGCUGGAGAUCCCGGCCGUGAGCCACGUGUGCGCCGACCUGCUGGACCGCCAGAUCCUGGCCGCCGAUGCGGGCGCCGAGGCGGGCCAGGUGGACCUGGGGGACGAGAUCGACCAGCGCAACCUGCUGCGGGCCAAGGAGUACCUCGAGUUCUUCCAGACCAACCCCAUGAACAGCCUGCCCCCCGCCGCCGCCGCAGCAGCAGCCGCCUUCCCCUGGUCAGCCUUCGGGGCCUCCGAGGACGACCUGGACGCCGCUGUCGCGGCCGCGGGCGAAUGCAACGGCUUGGAUUUCUACGGGCCGGGACCCCCAGGCGAGCGACCCCAGACGGGGGACGGGGAAGAGGGUGACAGUAACGCGGGUCUGUGGCCGGAGCGGGACGAGGACACCGCUGCUGCUGCCAACGCCACCACGACGACCACCACCACCACCGGCGGCGGGGGUCUCUUUCCGCCACCCGUGGCCCCGCCAGCCGCCGCCACGCAGAACGGCCACUACGGCCGGGCCGGGGAGGAGGAGGUGGCCUCGCUGUCCGAGGCGGCCCCAGAGCCGGGCGACUCGCCGGGCUUCCUGUCGGGCGCAGCCGAGGGCGAGGACGGAGACGGGCCCGAGACGGACGGGCUGACGGCCAGCACGCUGCUGCAGAAGAUGAUGGCCUCGGUGGGCCGCACCGGGGCUCUGGGGGCAGGCGACAGCGACGAGGAGUCGCGGGCCGACGACAAGGGCGUCAUGGACUACUACCUGAAGUACUUCAGCGCGGCCCACGAUGGCGACGUCUACCCGUCCUGGUCGCAGAAGGGCGAGAAGAAGAUCCGCGCCAAGGCCUUCCAGAAAUGUCCCAUCUGCGAGAAGGUGAUCCAGGGCGCGGGCAAGCUGCCGCGCCACAUCCGCACGCACACGGGCGAGAAGCCCUACGAGUGCAACAUCUGUAAGGUCCGCUUCACCAGACAGGACAAGCUCAAGGUGCACAUGCGGAAGCACACGGGGGAGAAGCCGUACCUGUGCCAGCAGUGCGGGGCGGCCUUCGCGCACAACUACGACCUGAAGAACCACAUGCGCGUGCACACGGGGCUGCGGCCUUACCAGUGCGACAGCUGCUGCAAGACCUUCGUGCGCUCCGACCACCUGCACAGACACCUCAAGAAGGACGGCUGCAACGGGGUGCCCUCGCGCCGGGGCCGCAAGCCCCGGGUGCGCGGCGGUGGAGGUGGAGGCGGGCCCGACCCCGGCCCCGGCGCCCCGACCCCCGCCGGAGCCCCCGGCCCCGCCGCCGGCUCCCCGGACGCCCGGCGCAACGGCGAGAAGCACUUUAAGGACGAAGAGGACGACGAGGACGAAGCCAGCCCCGACGGGCUGAGCCGCUUGAAUGUAGCGGGCGCCGGCGGCCAAGGUGACAGCGGAGGGGGGCCCGGGGCCACGGCCGACGGCAGCUUCACAGCCGGACUCGCCUAGAAACCAAAAACAAACAAACAAAAAAACAAAAAAACAAAAACCCAGACAGAGAGAGAGAGCGCGCAGACACCCGAGAGAGCGAGCGAGAAAACCACCCACCACCCCCCAAAAUCACAAAACAGAAAAAAUUUAUCUAUACGCAGAUACCUAUCUAUAUAUAUAUACAGAUUAUAUAUAUAUAUAUAUAUGAACGGCACCGAGCCUAGGUUAGCUAGCGCUUUUCUCGAAUCUUCCUCCUCCUCCUCCGUGUCGCCUCUCCCUCCGCAGGGGCCCCCCUCUUCCCCAGCUCCUGCACCCCGCAGCGCCGGUGGCUGGCCCCUGGGGCUUGGUUUGGGGUUUUUGUGCUACACCAAGGAUUCCGAGCCCCCCUCGUACCCUGGGCGCCCAGCGUGGGAUCCCCUGGGUCCGAUCCGAGUGAGGCCCUGGGCCAGCCCCGGGGUGCGGGUCAGGUUGGAGAGAAGGGGGUGGCCAUGCGCGCGGGGAGCUGGGGGGGCGGCAUUCCCUCCCGACCCCCUCACUGGUUCUCCCCAGUCUUGGACACAAGACCUUAAAUGUUUUUUUUUUUUUUUUGGUCCGCUCUGAGUGGACGCUAAACCGCCCAGGCCCCAGCUCCCCACCCUCCUUCCUCAGGGCACUUAUUAAGGGGGGGCCCCCUCCACCCCCCAACCCCAUCCCCCAGCAGCUUCCUCAGCGCCCCCUGCUCCUGCCUGUGGCCUCGCACCCCGCCCCGCCCUCAACCCACCGAAUCUCCUGGCCACCAUCACACAAACCUAUUUAUUGCCAGCCUGGAGAGAGGCUGAGAUGUGGUGGCCAGGGGCAGGGUGCCCUCAGCCCUCCAGCUUCCUGCACGGCACUUAGGACGGGCGGGAGCCCUCCGGGGCCACCCCUCAGACCACCCCCGUUCCCCACCACCACCACCACCACCACCACGUUUGGAGAUUGGAAAACUUCCGACUUGACCCAAGCCCCGAGCCCCACUUUUUAAAAGCACUUUUUAGAGGUUCCCAUCCCCUCCCCCCCUUAAAAGCCGAAAAUUUACAUAUAGAUUAUAUAUAUAGAUUAAAUAUAUAUAUAUAUAUAUAAAAAAUAUUCCUUCUUCCCCAGAGGGGUAGGCGGCAGCAUGGGGAAGACUAGACUAGGGUCCCCCAAGAUGGCAGGGAUGGGGCGAGUGAGUGAGAAAGAGAGGGUUGGAGUGCUCUGAUGUCACAAAAAGCAAUAAAAAAAAAAAAAAAAAACAGGAAAAAAACCAACCAACACCCACCACCACCACACAGGUAAAGGGGGCAGAGCAAGGAGCAGGCAGGGACCCCGAGUCUCGGCACUUUGUCACGGGACGGGUACUACACUUUAUCUUAAAUCUUAAUUUAAAAGAAAAAAAAAUACAUGUUUACAAGUUGCAAUCAACUUCUAUGAAAAAUUUGAAAAGGAAAAAAAAAAGAGCGAGAGAGAGAGAGAGAGAGAGAGAGAGAAAGCAAAAAGAGAUUCCUAAGGAAAAAAAAAAGUCGAUUUAUUUUUGUACAAAAUAAUAAUAAAAAAAAACCCCAGCGCAACGUAGAAUGCACUUGUGUUCCCCAGGAUGGAAGAGCCGGGUCAGGCAGGGACUGGAGUCGGGGUGUCCAGGGGCUCCCCCAGGGGUCUGGGUGCCUGGGGGUAGGGCGAAGGUGCUUUGCUUUGUGGGUACAGUUUGUUCCCCCUUUUUUUUGUCUUGGUCCCUGUGUCGCCCCCUCGCUCAGGGAUGGGCCCGAGAGGGGGUCGGCCUCCCCUCUCUGUCCCCUACCACCACCCUGCUGUCCCCAUUGAGGUGGGUGAGAGUGGCCUCUAGGGCUUAAACCACCCCCAACACACUCAGCACCCCUCCCUGCCUUUUUUUUUAACUCAAAGGCACUGACUGUAACCCUGGGGGGCUGGCACCUGCCUCCUCCUCCUCCAAUAUCUGAACCCCCGUUUCUUUCCCCCCCUAAAAAAAGGCCCGGUGUUGACCGAGCCACAGGCCACGGACUGGGGGGAGGGGGCCGGAGUUGGGGAGAGGAUGUUGGGAAGGCCAGGACCCCCGCAGCCCAUGCCCUCCUGCCCGCAUAUGCAACGCCUGGCAUGGGAUCCUGUGAGUGGAUGCUUGGCCCAGCCCUGAGCCUCUCAGAUGAGGCCGGGGUGGCCGGGGGUCAUCACCCCUCCACCCACCCCCAGCCCCACCAGCCAUCUAUCUGUCCACCUGGGCACCCCUGUUGCAAAUGUCUUUCUCGUCCUUUUUUCUUUUUUUUUUUUUUUUUAAAGGGAAAUUUGUGAAAAAGUAUGCAUUGUUCCCGUCCCUCUGUGUCCGCCUUCCCCACCGCCACACCCCAGUUGUCUCAGGACGCCCCCCCCCCCGGGCCGGCAGAGGGGCAGGCCCAGGGUCGGACGGUGCUGGCCUGGCUUCCGCAGUACAGACUGGACAGGCCCCCCCCCAACACACACCGUUCUCCUCAAACUCCCAGAGAGGUCCCCAAAGGUAAACCCUUUGCCCACACAACCCCCCUCGCAAUAAAACCAACUCUGAGAAUCACAGGCGUGGUCCUGGCCAGCGGUGGUCGCUGCUCCCGGGGUAGGGGUGUGGGGAGGCCUGGGGGCUGCAGCCCCCAUGGCAACUUCCACACAACACCUCCCACCCCAAGCCCCGCCGGGGAAUUGCACUAAACCCCUCGCCCCCCAGCUCCUGCUCCGCUUCUGCCAGCCCCCCAACUCUGCCUUAACCGCCAGCCCGUCCGCAAACCCCCUACCCUGGGGGUGGGGAGGACACCCCCCCAGCCCAACCCAGCCCCCUCCCCAGCCCUGCGCAAUCACAUACUGUAUAUAGACGUGGAUCGAUUUUUAUUUUUAUUCUUUAAAUUAAGGUCGUGAUAAAAGUGUUGCCAAAGAGAACUGCUGAAUUCUCGCGUUUCAGGAAAAAAAAAAAAAAAAAAAAAACAGAUGGUUGGAGGAGGGUCUUGCUGGCUUGGCCAGAAAGAGCUGAAGGGUUUUUGUUGCUUGGUUGUUUGUGGGGUUUUUCUUUGUGUGUGUGUGUGUGUGUGUGUGUUUGUUUUUGUUUUAUUUUGGGGGGGGUAUUUUUUUUUAAACUGCCUGGUACAAAAAUUUUCAAAGUGAAAUUGUCAUUUGCAUCUUGGUAAGCCUGUGUGUAUGUGUGCGUGCGUGUGUGUGUGUGUGCGCGUGUGUAUGAGUGUGCCAGAGCAGCAGCAGCUAGGGCCAGGCCUGGGGGGCUGCAGGAUGAGGUGGGGGGUCUGGCCAGAACCCCCUCUUUGCCUGGAGUGACACCCUGCCCCCAGCCUCCACGGCCCCCUUGUGUUUGCUUUAGGGUACCAGCUGCACCUGCCUCAGCCAUUUGAAAUUAAGGAAAAAAGUUUAAAAAAAAAUUUAAAAA